AUGGAGAGCACUAUUGGCCUCCGAAGAGUUUGAGCCGGUUUUGGCCAGCCUGCUCUCCCUCUGUUCAGAGAAGUGGAAAUUCCUGAAGGCAUUUCACUUCAAGUUUCUUGGGAUCUAAACAUGCCUGCAGAGGCUUUACUGAACUCCAUCAACGUUUCUUUGUUUCUGAUCUUGCUCUUGGCUGUUGAAGAAACUUUAUUGCAAUCAUUGAGGCAGGUGAGUGGAGAGUGUAAACUCUCCAAUGAGUCCUCACAGAGACGUUGCAGGACCCCCGAUGGCCUGAUUUGCAGUGGGAGAGGGGAAUGUGACUGUGGCAUCUGUAUCUGCCAGGUCACUGAGCCGGGGACGUUCUUUGGGCCACGAUGCGAGUGCCACGACUGGGUCUGUGCAACACAUGAUGGGAAGACCUGUGGUGGUCAUGGCACGUGUUUCUGUGGUAAGUGCAUGUGUGAUGAUGACUGGUUUGGGGAUGCUUGCCAGUAUGAGAGGGAGUGCAGCAUGUCCAACAAGAAGAGUAAAGACCUCUGCCGCAACUCUCAAGGAGUAGUGUGUUCCAAUGCAGGCUCCUGUCACUGUGGCAGCUGCCUGUGCCACAACCCCGACGGCAAGGGCCUCAUCACUGGCCGCUACUGUGAGUGUGACGACAGUGAGUGUAUAGACGAGGACACCGGAGAACUGUGUGGAGGCCAUGGAAAAUGUUACUGUGGAAACUGUUACUGCUCGGCUGGUUGGCAUGGAGAUAAAUGUGAAUUCCAGUGUGACAUCAGCCCAUGGGAGAGCAAGCGGAGAUGCACAUCACCAGAUGGCAAAAUCUGCAGCAACAGAGGAACCUGUAUUUGUGGCGAGUGUAACUGCUAUGAUGUAGACCCUUCAGGAGACUGGGGGGAUAUCCAUGGUGAUACGUGUGAGUGUGAUGAAAGAAGCUGCCACGCAACGUAUGACCGAUACUCUGACGAUUUCUGCUCAGGUCAUGGCCAGUGCAACUGUGGAAGGUGUGACUGCAGAGAGGGUUGGACUGGCAAGAGAUGUGAGCAUCCUCUUUCCUGUGCCCUCUCUGUGGAGAGCAGUCUGAGAAAAUGUCGCGGAUCAUCCAACCUGCCUUGCUUUGGGAGAGGACAGUGUUUGUGCGGUCAGUGUACGUGCCACCCGCCAGGAGACAGCCGUGUCCACGGAAAGAACUGUGAGUGUGACGACCGUCAGUGUGAGGACAUUAACGGCGAGAUCUGUGGAGGCCACGGCUUCUGCUCCUGUGGUCGCUGUAUCUGCAGUGAUGGAUGGUUUGGGAAACAUUGCCAGUUCCCCCGCAGCUGUGACAUGAGCGACGAGGAGAGCAAGAGCUUGUGCGAGACGGCUGAUGGCAUCAUGUGUUCCGGGAAAGGGUCUUGUCACUGUGGGAGGUGUAUCUGUUCACCACAAGAAUGGUACAUUUCAGGAGAGUUCUGUGAAUGUGAUGACAGAGAAUGCGAUCAACAUGAAGGCCUUAUUUGCACAGGGAAUGGCGUGUGCAACUGCGGAAACUGCGACUGCUGGGACGGCUGGACAGGAAACGCCUGUGAAAUCUGGGUGGGAGAUGAGUACUAA